CUGGGGUGAGGCCCGCGUCGCGGCGGUGGCUGCUCCCGGCUGUGUCUGUGGGAGGCGCCGCUGCGGCGAUGGCCGUGGACACUUUGUCGCCGGACUGGGAGUUCGACCGUGUGGAUGACGGCUCUCAGAAAAUUCAUGCUGAAGUCCAGCUUAAGAACUACGGGAAAUUCCUUGAGGAGUAUACAUCUCAGUUGAGAAGAAUUGAGGACGCACUGGAUGAUUUGAUUGGAGAUGUUUGGGAUUUCAAUCUUGAUCCUAUAGCAUUAAAGCUUCUGCCGUAUGAGCAAUCCUCCCUCUUGGAGCUCAUAAAGACUGAGAACAAGGUCCUAAACAAAGUCAUCACUGUGUAUGCUGCACUUUGUUGUGAGAUCAAGAAAUUAAAGUAUGAGGCAGAAACUAAGUUUUACAAUGGCCUUUUGUUUUAUGGUGAAGGAGCUACAGACUCCAGUAUGGUAGAAGGUGACUGCCAAAUUCAAAUGGGGAGAUUCGUUUCAUUCUUACAGGAGCUGUCCUGUUUUGUCACGAGGUGCUAUGAAGUGGUGGUGAAUGUCAUCCACCAGCUGGCUGCCCUCUACAUCAGCAACAAGAUAGGACCCAAAAUUAUAGAGACAACUGGAGUUCAUUUUCAGACUAUGUAUGAGCACUUGGGAGAACUGCUAACAGUUUUACUUACCCUGGAUGAAAUUGUUGACAAUCAUGUCACACUGAAAGACCAUUGGACCAUGUACAAAAGGUUACUGAAGUCUGUCCAUCACAACCCUUCGAAAUUUGGGAUUCAGGAAGAAAAAUUAAAGCCAUUUGAAAAGUUCUUGCUGAAGUUGGAAGGGCAGUUACUUGAUGGAGUGAUAUUCCAGGCCUGUAUUGAACAGCAAUUUGAUUCCCUCAAUGGAGGAAUAUCUGUGUCGAAAAACAGCACUUUUGCAGAAGAAUUUGCACAUAGCAUUCGCUCAAUUUUUGCAAACGUGGAAGCCAAACUUGGUGAGCCUUCUGAAAUUGACCAGAGAGACAAGUAUGUUGGAAUUUGUGGGCUCUUUGUACUGCAUUUUCAAAUUUUUCGAACUGUUGAUAAAAAGUUUUAUAAGUCUUUAUUGGACAUUUGUAAGAAGGUGCCAGCCAUCACUUUAACUGCCAAUAUUAUUUGGUUUCCUGAUAAUUUUCUGAUUCAUAAAAUGCCAGCAGCUGCCAAACUUCUAGACAGAAAAAGUCUUCAAGCCAUUAAAAUACACAGGGACACCUUCCUGCAGCAGAAAGCUCAGUCACUUACCAAAGAUGUGCAGUCUUACUACGUCUUUGUGAGCUCGUGGAUGAUGAAAAUGGAGUCUAUGUUGUCUAAAGAGCAGAGGAUGGAUAAAUUUGCUGAAGACCUCACCAAUAGGUGUAAUGUUUUUAUACAGGGCUUCCUAUAUGCAUAUAGUAUUAGUACCAUCAUUAAAACCACAAUGAAUCUCUACAUGUCCAUGCAGAAGCCUAUGACCAAAACCUCAGUGAAGGCACUGUGCAGGCUCAUUGAGCUUCUCAAGGCAAUAGAGCAUAUGUUCUACAGGAGAAGCAUGGUCGUGGCGGAUUCAGUGUCACAUAUAACCCAACACCUUCAACAUCAGGCUCUUAAUUCUAUUGCUGUAGCCAAGAAAAGAGUAAUUUCAGACAAAAAGUAUAGUGAACAGCGUCUUGAUGUGCUGUCUGCUCUUGUUUUGGCCGAAAACACCCUAAACGGACCAAGCACGAAGCAACGGCGACUUAUUGUUUCUUUGGCAUUAAGUGUUGGCACACAAAUGAAAACCUUUAAAGACGAAGAGCUCUUUCCCCUUCAAGUGGUCAUGAAAAAGCUGGAUCUCAUCAGUGAGCUCAGAGAACGAGUCCAAACACAGUGUGACUGUUGUUUUUUAUACUGGCAUCGAGCUGUCUUCCCAAUUUAUUUAGAUGAUGUAUAUGAAAAUGCUGUUGAUGCAGCUAGAUUACAUUACAUGUUCAGUGCUUUAAGAGACUGUGUGCCUGCCAUGAUGCACUCAAGGCAUUUAGAGUCCUGUGAGCUACUUCUGGAUUGCUAUGACAAGGAAAUUAUGGAAAUUUUGAAUGAGCAUUUGCUGGACAAGCUGUGCAAGGAGAUUGAGAAGGACCUGCGGCUUUCUGUGCACACGCACUUGAAGCUGGAUGACCGGAACCCCUUCCGAGUCGGCAGGAAAGACUUGGCGCUGUUCUUCUCUUUGAACCCUAUUCGUUUCUUCAAUCGCUUCAUUGAUAUUCGAGCAUAUGUAACUCACUACCUAGACAAGACUUUCUACAAUCUCACAACAGUAGCCCUUCAUGAUUGGGCCACUUACAGUGAAAUGAGGAAUUUGGCUACUCAGCGCUAUGGAUUGGUUAUGACAGAAGCGCAUCUUCCUAGCCAGACUCUGGAGCAGGGGCUUGACGUUCUGGAAAUUAUGAGAAACAUUCACAUAUUUGUCUCUCGAUAUCUCUAUAAUCUCAAUAAUCAGAUUUUUAUUGAACGGACAAGCAAUAAUAAGCAUUUGAAUACUAUUAACAUUCGACAUAUUGCUAAUUCAAUUCGGACACAUGGGACAGGGAUCAUGAACACAACAGUUAAUUUUACCUACCAGUUUUUGAAAAAGAAGUUCUAUAUAUUUAGCCAGUUUAUGUAUGAUGAACAUAUCAAAUCGAGAUUGAUUAAAGAUAUUCGAUUUUUCAGGGAGAUCAAGGACCAAAAUGAUCACAAGUAUCCUUUUGAUAGAGCAGAAAAAUUCAAUCGCGGCAUAAGAAAACUUGGAAUCACACCAGAGGGACAGAGCUACCUUGACCAGUUCAGGCAGCUCAUCAGCCAGAUUGGUAAUGCUAUGGGCUAUAUACGGAUGAUAAGAUCUGGUGGUCUUCACUGUAGCAGCAAUGCCAUUAGAUUCGUGCCGGAUCUUGAAGACAUUGUGAGCUUUGAAGAGCUAGUAAAGGAGGAAGGGCUUGCAGAAGAAACGCUCAGAGCAGCCAGGCAUUUGGACUCAGUCCUCAGUGAUCAUACCCGAAAUUCUGCUGAAGGCACAGAAUAUUUCAAAAUGCUUGUAGAUGUUUUUGCUCCAGAAUUUCGAAGGCCAAAGAAUAUACAUCUCCGGAAUUUCUAUAUCAUUGUCCCUCCUCUAACGCUCAACUUUGUAGAACAUUCUAUAAGCUGCAAAGAGAAACUGAAUAAAAAAAAUAAAAUAGGAGCAGCAUUUACUGAUGAUGGUUUUGCCAUGGGUGUGGCUUAUACCUUAAAGCUUUUGGAUCAGUACCAGGAGUUUGAUUCACUUCAUUGGUUCCAGUCUGUUAGAGAAAAGUACAUAAAGGAGAUAAGAGCAGUUGCUAAGCAACAGAAUGUACAGUCAACUAGUCAAGAUGAGAAGCUGCUGCAGACCAUGAACCUCACUCAGAAGCGACUGGAGGUCUAUCUGCAGGAAUUUGAACUGCUUUAUUUCUCACUGAGCAGUGCAAGGAUUUUCUUCAGAGCAGACAAGACUGCGGCUGAAGAGAACCAAGAAAAGAAAGAGAAGGAAGAAGAAACUAAAGCGAGCAAUGGCGAUGUUCCUGAGGGCACUGCGUCUGCAGACCCUGUUGUGAGAUGAUGGUGUGGGGUCACCUGGGUGUCGUGAUACCUUCCCAGUGCCGUGGAUUACAGACUGCUUGAGAAAUUGUCAUUUCCUAGGUCACAUCAUGGAAAAUUCCGUAUGGCAGUGCUCUGGAGUCAAGCCCAUUUUAUUUCUAAUGCUCUGGUUUUCAAGGGCUGAGAAGCAGAUACUGGAUCUUUUGGGUGUAGGCUGAAGAUGCUCCUGCUGGACUCUUUGACGUGACGCUAUCAACGGGAAAGUCCAGAUUCCCACACCAUUGCUUUCCAUCUCCUGCACUCUGUGUGUUUGUAAUUUGUGUGUGUCUUUGAUCCAUGUUGAUCUCAAGUCAUAGGAAAACCGGUGCAGAUGCUGUACAGCACAGCCAGUAAAUACUCAAUUUAAAGAGAGUUGAGCUUGAAAUUCGUGACCAUCUGAUCAGACCCUGAGGAUGCGUUGACGCUAGAGGUGAGGUGCUGUGUGACCGUCUGUGCCGUGUGGCUAACCGGUUCCCAUGUGACUCUUUAUGAGCUGCUGAUGUCUGAUGAGACAUUUUAAAAUAGUUUACAUUGCUUUGGGAACAUUUGUCCUCCAACAGUUGCUUUAAAUUUAAGAUUUACUUAAUCUCAAAGAAAACUCAGAUUAAGCCAUAGACUCCCACUUGAAGCUUCACUGCGUUUUAAGGCACUCUGAUACUGGGGAAAACAAGAAUGAAUUAUCCUACAACCAAACUCAGGUUUCUUCGUUACAUUAAAUUGAAAUUCUGGUGGCAAUUUAGACAGAUUUUUACUUUAAAUCCAGUGUAAUGAUUAAAUAAUACUGCACUAUGGCAGGCUUUCAGUAAUUACCACUGUGAGAAUGGAACUAGUACAUCACUUUCUGAUGUUCAAAGAAAGAAAGGCCGUGAGGAAAUGUGGUGCCUAACAAGCAUCCAGCGUUACUUUUGUGAAGCUGUGCUAGCUAGUUAGUGAAACUGUCAUGGCCUUUUCAACGUAUAAUAAAACGAUGCCUUUGGGGUAAAAAGGAAGGUUUAAAACUUUAGAUGUAAUACGGACAUUUCUUUUGGAAAUGCUUGUUUUUCUGUUGCAUUUGCCUGCUUAACUAUUUCUUUGGAUAAAUCUUGCAAAUAAUCCUAACACUUAGAAUUCUGACAUGGCUCCAUGGCCCCAGCUUUUGGAGUGGAGGUACAGGGUCCUGCUUGGAACUCAUUGAUUAGGCUUGGGAACUUUCCCAGCCCAAGCUAAAUACUAUGACUGUUAAAUCAGAAGAAACAGAAUAGGUUGGAAAUGUUUAUUAUGUUAAACAUGGUUUAGAGAUUUAUGAACAAAGGAUGGAUUAAAGGCAUUUAAUGUUUGUAAUUGAUACUAACUGUAGAGAUGGCCCUAAAGCAUGCUGCAUAAUUAAUAAUUUAUAUUUUCAUUAUAAAUGUUUAUAUUAAUGAUACUGGAUUUGAUUAUAUCAGAUUUGUCACCGUUUAUAGUACCAGUAUUUUCUUUCAUUUUAAAAAAAAUGUUCAUCAUUAUUCCUGCACAUUAGAGUUUACAUACUAUCUCCCUGGACACUUAAAAUUGGGAAGAAAGUGACAUAAUUGUUCUACCUGUAGUUAGAACUAAUGUCACUACAGUCUGGGUGAAUUAUAAUAAGUCUGUGUAGAUGAAAUAAAAUCUCUGAAGAGAGAUAUAUUUAAAUGGUCUUAAACUGCAGAGCGACAGGGCUUCAGUAUAUUCACGCCUGAGUUGUUACAUACAUUAGAUGAUGGUUUUCCUUGCUACCUUUUUUUUCAGACAUACUGUAACUGAAAUAUUAACAUGAGUGUUUUGUUGUAAAUUCACAGAAAACUUAAUGAUGUUCCAGUUCUCAGGAAUUAAGAACUAACCAUAACAUUGUCAGUUCUAAUUAGAUUUUGUAAAAGACAAUAAGGUUCUUAUCUCACUUAUAGAGUACAUUAUGUAUAAUAAAACAUUAAUAAAUAUAAUUUCAACAUUGUCCUUCCCUUGGAUGUUUAUGGCCAGAAUUAAAUGUCUUCAGCAGUAGGUCUCGUUAGUGCGACUCUGGUGGUGUGGGGCUGAGGACUGAGCUAGACAGGCAGUCUGCUGAGUGGUUCCUCCCUUUCCUUCAUAGAUCCUUAAUUGUUGAUGGGUCAAUUGUCUCAGCUAAGAACCAAUGUGAAGUUACUUUUUUUCCUGAGUUUCUGUGACAUGUUAAAAUAACUCAUGUGGUUUACAAAUAGGAAGUGUUCUGAAAUCAUAAUAACCAGAGUUUUUAUUUUUUCCUUAGAGAGUGUCUUGCUGUCUGUAGCUCAGCCUGGCCUUAAACUUAAGCGUGUCCUUGUGUUGGCCUCCCCUGUGCUGGGGUUACAGGUAGGCACCGUAUGCAGAUGAUGUGGGGACAGUGAAGACAUGAGAUGGUCUGUCAGACCUCACGCUGGAGAGAGAGCUAACUGCUGCCUCUUUUUCCUUCUGUAGUGCUGCAUGGAUAAAACGGAGAUGCAGGAAUACUGCCAUAGACCACUGUUUUCAUGCUGGGCUGUUGGGUGAAGAAAACCAGAUUUGUUCAGCUUUAGUUUGGCAUAAUUCUCUUUCCAGCUUCAUGUGACAGACAUUUUAGACUGGUCCUCUGCUCAGGGACCUUUUGUGCUACAUUGUUUUCUUUUAACCAAGGCCUCCCAACAUUCAGAACAGUUUAAUAGGACUGUGAAAAGUUUAAGGAUGUGGAAAUCAAGCAGAGUCACUCAGCUACAGAGAUGAGGAUGUCAGAGUCAGAAUUCAGCUCAAAGUAAACACUUAGGUGUACUCGAUUUUAUAUAUAUAAAUAGGUCCGCCCUCUCCAGUGGUGUGGCUCUUUAUCACUUAGCUUACUAGAUAUCUCCAGUUCCUAUCAGUGAAGGUACACCAAAGAAUGUAGGUGAUAUGUAGCUGAUAGCAUAAUUUUGAAGCAUGUUUAAGAACUGUAAAUACAUUUACAGAUUUGUGUGUAGUGAGAUAGUUUUCAUAAUGUUACCAUUAAGGUGAAGGGGACUAAAACACCUCUAAGCAUGGCCUAUAUAAAAAGUGUAUUAAAGUAUUUAAUCUUUGGGUUUACAAAAGCAAUGAAAUGUUAGAAAAAUACUCAUCUCCGGUAUCUAAAUUACCUUCAAAAUUAAUGCGUUGAGAACGUUUGGAGAUUGCUUUGCGUCUAAAGACUGUUAAUUUUUUUUUUUUUUAAAUAUAAAGCACUUAUAUAUUAGGAAACAGUACCUUAGAGCCAGACAUGGUGGCAUCUACCAUAUUCCAGCAUUUGGGAGAGAACCGGGGGGAUCUUGAGUUUGUGGUCAGCUUGGGCUAGAUGAUGAGACUUGUGUCUCUAAAAAGGAAAGAAAACAUUUGUCUAUAAAGUGCUGUUGAUGUUAAUAUUAGCUAGUGUAACAUUUAGGUUAUCUGUCUUUUCAUCUGAUGUACGUGUUAGUAAUCCCUGGUAAGGGGCUCAGCUAGUUGCAGACAAUGUACUGCUGCUCCCACUAUCAUGAAGGGGCAUAUGUGGGGGGAUUAAAACAUCCAUGAUCUGCCUACCUUUGCCUCCCUAGUUUCAGGACAGGCUCCAAAGCUACAGAGAAACCCUGCCUUUCUUGAGAGUAGAAAUUGGCAGCCAACUAGCUUCUAAAGAUUCGUCCCAUCUCUCAGUUGGGCACAUGGUAAUCUUUAUUGUGCUUUUAAUGUAUUAGUGUGAGUUUUGGUAAGUUGAGACAAAAGACCAAGUUACCCAUUGCUUCUGGCUUUUGAAAGAAAGUUAAGAUCUGUAAUGCCUGUUAGACUAUGUGAAACACUAGUCCCCAUUGCUGCCCCACCUCCUGUGGGAUCUAGUGGUGAUCUGCCCUUGCUUUUCACAGCCUGUGUUUUGCCAAGUAUUGCAGGUCAGUUAAUAGACAUGAAUCUUGUGAUUUUGUGCCUUUAGUUCACUAUGCUGAAGUCCUUUCAUGUUGAUCCGCAGCUGUAGCUGAUGUUUUCCUUCUGUCAUAUCUGGUUACAUGCAUGCCAGUGUUCUGUUGAGAACUGGGUUUCUGUAUCUGGGAUGGUGCAGUCACCUUCAUACAUGUCCUUGAAAGGUGCUAGGACAGGUGCAUUUCUGGAUUGCACUGUGGAACAUGGAAUUGACCCCCAUGCUUUCCAUGGAUGUGAUUCAUUGCUUUACUUCUGCCACCUGCUAUACAUACGUGAUUUCACUUCCUGGUUAUUUGAGAAAGCGUAUUUGUUUCCAAGCCCUUGUAACCUAUGAAAUUCUUUGUCCUGACAAAUACGUUAUAUAUUUAGGUCCUUGGGUCUUGUUUGGUUGUCUCUCCUCGGCUAAUGUUUCCAUUCUAUCCAUCUUGUCUUUUAUCUCAGGGUUUGCAUGGCUUGUUUAACCAGUCAGUAUAGUGCUUUAGUGGGUGUCUGCUGUACACAGUACUAACCAUUGUUUAACCAGUCAGUAUAGUGCUUUAGUGGGUGUCUGCUGUACACAGUACUAGCCAUUGCACCCAAGGACGUGUUGGUUCAUGAUAGGCAGGUGCUGUGCCUCUGAGCUAAAACCCUGUUGCUUUUAUUUUCAACUCAGUUAUCAUUGAGCUUCAUCUCUGACCCUCUGGAAAGUUGUAAGCAAGGAAGGUGUAGAAGAGUGUCAGUCUCGCAACCCAUCAGAAACCCAGACUGAACGGUUGUUACGGAGACGUGUGAGGUACCUGUGAGCUCAUUUUAGGCUAUAAAGGUGGGGUCCUUCUGAUUCCUCUUUGUGGUCUAUGUAUGUUUGUGCGUGCACACAUCUGCAUUCCAGGGGAUAUUUGGUUCUUCCUUUGUUGUUCUCCACUUUAUUUUUGUUUAUUUAAUUUUGAGACAGGCUCGGCUCUCUAAAUGGAACUUGUGAAUUAUUGGAGUAAGAGUGAUGUUAGACUAGACGGCCAGCAAGCUCAACUAAGGUCCUUUACUUGGUCAGCAAGCACUUAUGCGCAGAGUGAACCCUGUGUUUUUUGAGAUAGUAUUUUGUUUAGUUUGGGCUGCUUUGAAGUCCACACAUAGCCCAAGCUGGCCUUGAACUCAUUUUCCUUCAGCUCCAAGUGUGGAAGAUGUAGGUG